AUGGAGUCGACUCCGCGGAAGCCCCGGAAGCUAAAUGCCCCACGGGGCGGCGUCCAGAAAUCCGUCGCCAGUCAUAAUCGUGUGGCCAGAACCAUAGCCGAUCAAUCCUGUCGUGUUAGCAAGAAGCAAUGUGUUUCUCCUGCUCAACAUCGCCGGGGCACGAAUAGUCUCCAGGAAGUCCGGCCAGGCGUGUCGACUGGACAUGUAACGCGGACCGUCGAAGACGAAUAUGAAGAUCCCACACCCGGGAAUUCCCACGAUACGUUUAAUCUGCCUCUGCCGCGCGGUAUCGACCACGAAGUACCCCGUUGGGCGGCGGUCUAUUCCAUGGUCGAAGAGGUCCUGCACUUUCUUCCACCCCAAGACAGUAUAUCUGAUCAAGAGGAAGAGUUAAGAUCACCCGACAGCGAGAAGAGCCAUUCAGAUACCAGAGUCCCUGGAAAUAUUCCCGCUCACCCAUUGUCGAGUUCCACAGCAAAACCACAAGGAGAUACAAACAACCCAGCCCCUGCCCUCGAAACCGGACCAGAACGACCGAUAUACAAUAUACCAAAUACACGCCCUUGGAACGACUGGGCAAAUAAUGAAAGCUUUGGGUUAACAGCUUCAGUAGAGAGUGGUGAAGGGCUGGAUCUAAGCGAUAUUGAUGCCUUGCUCAGAUUCUGA